AUGCCGAAAGUCAUCAUACCAGGUCAGGAGACGGACGACAAAAUGCGCGCCUUCGCCGAGAAGGUGUUUGCGUCCGAGACGAAGGAUGAGGAUGUCCGUGAGGAAAUCUCCCUGUUUGAUGUAGCUGAGGACUGUCCCAUUCUCCACCAGGAGCUGGUUCAACACUUGGCCACUCAUGACGAUUCUGAGAAACGUUUGUCCAAGCCACCCCAAAGCACAAUCCUAACCCUGAACCUAACUCUUUACAGCAAGAAACGAAUUCUGGCUCAUGACAAAAAGCCAGAAGAGAAACCAACCUUCUUGGAAGUACCUCAUUUCCAGAGAGUUGCCAUCAUGGGAGAUUACGCAGCUGGGGUGACUAUGGAUGACUUUGAAUUGUCAUGCAAGGGUCUGUAUCGUGCACUCACCAUCAGGGAAAAGUACAUGAGACUAGCUUACCAGAGGUUCCCCCACACUGCAUCUGAAUAUUUGCGCAAAAUUGAAGGUGAAAAACAUAACCCAGCGGAUCAGGUACAGCCAGUGUUCACAGCUCCACCUAAAGAAGGCGAGGACCCCUUCUGCACAAAGAACUUGCCUGAAAACCUCGGCUAUGUAGCGCGCAUGCGGGAAGGUGUCAUUUACGUGUACAAAAACAAUGAGGCGGCAGACAAGCACCAGCCAGAGGACGUUCCUGGUCCUGACUACGCCACCUUCAUCGAUGACAUGAACUUCCUCAUUGCUCUGAUCGCACAAGGCCCCACAAAGACGUACACUCAUCGUCGUCUCAAGUUCCUCUUUUCCAAGUUCAAUGUACACGAGAUGUUGAAUGAGAUGGAAGAGAUGAAAGAAGUGAAGAAUAACCCCCACAGGGAUUUCUAUAACUGCAGAAAGGUUGACACUCACAUUCAUGCAGCAGCUUGUAUGAACCAGAAGCAUCUUCUGCGCUUUAUCAAGAGGUCCUAUCGUGUGGACGCAGAAAGGGUGGUGCACAACUUGAAAGGCAAAGAAGUGACCAUGAAAGAGCUCUUUCAGUCUCUCAACCUGCACCCCUAUGAUCUCACAGUAGACUCCUUGGACGUGCACGCUGGUAGGCAAACCUUCCAACGUUUUGACAAAUUCAACGCCAAAUACAACCCCGUUGGAGCCAGCGAGUUGCGUGACCUGUACCUGAAGACUGAGAAUCAUAUUCAAGGGGAAUACUUUGCCACAAUCAUCAAGGAAGUGGCAACUGAUCUUGAGGAGGCCAAGUACCAGUAUGCUGAACCUCGUCUGUCCAUCUAUGGCUCCAACCCCAAUGAGUGGACAAAGCUGGCAAGCUGGUUCAACCAGCACAGAGUUUUCUCUCCUAACCUUAAGUGGAUGAUUCAAGUGCCUAGAAUUUAUGACAUUUUCAGAGGCAGAAACUUUGUUCCACACUUUGGAAAGAUGCUGGAGAACAUUUUCCUUCCCGUUUUCCAGGCUACCAUUGACCCUCAAUCCAACCCUGAACUUAGUGUCUUCCUCAAACAUAUCACAGGCUUUGACAGUGUAGAUGAUGAGUCCAAACACAGUGGUCACAUGUUCUCCACCAAGAGUCCAAAGCCAGAGGAAUGGGACAUUGUGAAGAACCCAUCUUACACUUACUAUAUCUACUACAUGUAUGCCAACAUUGCAAAGCUUAAUCAACUGCGCAAGAAGAGGGGAAUGAACACUUUCCUGUUCAGGCCCCACUGUGGAGAAGCUGGAGCUGUCACUCAUCUUCUUGCCUGUUUUAUGACUGCUGACAACAUCUCCCACGGUCUCAAUCUCAAGAAGAGUCCUGUCUUGCAGUACCUCUACUACCUGGCUCAGGUCCCCAUUGCCAUGUCCCCUCUUAGCAACAACAGUCUUUUCCUGGAGUACAACAAGAACCCUCUGCUUGAGUUCCAUAAGAAGGGUCUGAUGGUGUCUUUGUCCACUGAUGAUCCAAUGCAGUUCCAUUACACCAAGGAGCCUCUGAUGGAAGAGUAUGCCAUUGCAGCUCAGGUGUUUAAGCUUAGCACUUGUGACAUGUGUGAAAUCGCCAAGAACAGUGUACUCCAGAGUGGGCUCUCUGCAGAGGAGAAGGAGCGCUUCCUGGGUUCCAGCUAUCUAACGGAGGGUCCGGAUGGCAACGACAUCCGCAAGACCAAUGUGCCUCAGAUCCGUAUGGCAUUCCGCUUUGAGACCUUGUCUUAUGAGCUGGAUCUGAUCUUGGAAGGCCUGAAGUCUGAAGACUGA